CGCCGGGAGGGGGCGGAGGGCCCCGCGCGGCCUCCCCGCCUCCGCUCCGCUCCGGCCAAUCCCUUCGGCUUGUGCUCCGGCUCCGCCAACCCGGCCGGGGCCCGAACCUGCUCGAACCCAUUAUGCCGUAGAGGCCGCCGGGGCGCAGUGAGGCCCUCGCCGCGCCUGCGCCCUGGGCGUUCCUGAGGCGGCCCGGCCGGAGCGGGCGAGCGGGCGAGCGCGGCGCGGGCUUCGCCUGAGGCGCGGGCGGGGCGGCGAGCGGCCGGCUCCGAGGUCCCGAGCGGGGCUGCGCGCGGGGGACGCGGGGGACGCGGCCGCGGGGCCGGGCCGAGGCUCCGGGAGGCGGCGGCGCGCCCGCCGGCUGGAUGGGAAGUUCAUGUUGACGGUGACGUCCACGCCAGGUUUCCAAGGUGGCGACAGACAAGGUGGCAGAAAAGCUGAGUGCCACUCUCUCAUGGGUGAGGAGCACAGUGUCGCACACAGUCAGUCAGAUGGCCAGUCAGGUGGUGAGUCCAGCUGCCUCCUUGCACACCACGUCCUCCUCUACCACACUGUCAACACCAGCACUUUCACCAGCUUCUCCGUCACAGCUGAGUCCAGACGACUUAGAACUCCUGGCUAAACUGGAGGAGCAGAACAGGUUGAUAGAGACAGACAGUAAGUCUCUAAGAUCUGUGAAUGGGUCAAGAAGAAACAGUGGCUCCUCCCUUGUAUCCAGCUCGUCAGCUUCCAGCAACCUCAGCCACCUCGAGGAAGAUUCUUGGGUUCUUUGGGGAAGAAUUGUGAAUGAAUGGGAUGAUGUGCGCAAGAAGAAAGAAAAGCAAGUAAAGGAGCUUGUUCGUAAAGGGAUACCUCACCACUUCAGAGCAAUAGUGUGGCAGCUUUUAUGUGAUGCACAGAGUAUGCCUGUUAAGGACCAGUACUCAGAACUCCUGAAAAUGACUUCACCUUGUGAAAAGUUGAUCCGAAGGGACAUUGCUAGAACUUACCCAGAACACAAUUUUUUUAAGGAAAAAGAUAGUCUUGGGCAAGAGGUUUUAUUUAAUGUAAUGAAGGCGUACUCCCUGGUGGACCGCGAGGUUGGCUACUGUCAAGGCAGCGCGUUCAUAGUUGGGCUGUUGCUCAUGCAGAUGCCAGAAGAAGAAGCUUUUUGUGUAUUUGUUAAAUUAAUGCAAGACUACAGACUUCGUGAACUUUUUAAACCAAGUAUGGCGGAACUGGGCCUUUGUAUGUACCAGUUUGAAAGCAUGAUACAGGAGUGUCUUCCAGAGCUCUUUGUACAUUUUCAAUCGCAGAGUUUCCAUACAUCCAUGUAUGCAUCGUCUUGGUUCUUGACUAUCUUUCUUACAACUUUUCCACUACCAAUUGCAACAAGAAUAUUUGAUAUCUUUAUGUCAGAGGGCUUGGAAAUAGUGUUUCGAGUGGGCCUAGCGCUUCUUCAGAUGAACCAGGUGGAGUUACUGCAGCUCGACAUGGAGGGGAUGUUGCAGCACUUUCAGAAGGUCAUUCCACAUCAAUUUGACGGUGGCCCAGACAAAUUAAUCCAGUCAGCUUACCAAGUCAAAUACAACUCAAAAAAAAUGAAAAAACUUGAAAAAGAAUACACUACAAUAAAAACUAAAGAAAUGGAAGAGCAAGUUGAAAUUAAAAGGUUACGCACAGAAAAUAGGCUUUUAAAGCAGCGCAUUGAAACAUUAGAGAAAGAAAGUGCUUCCUUGGCAGAUAGAUUGAUACAGGGACAAGUGACACGAGCCCAGGAGGCUGAGGAAAACUACCUCAUAAAACGGGAGUUGGCCACCAUCAGACAGCAGAGUGAUGAGGCCAGGGCUAAGCUGGAGCAGGCUGAAGGCACCAUCAGGGAGCUCCGGCACCACCGGCGACGGCAUAAAUGCAGCUCCACCUACAACGAAGAUUUUGUGCUGCAGCUGGAGAAGGAAUUGGUCCAGGCCCGACUGAGUGAGGCCGAGUCUCAGUGUGCACUGAAGGAGAUGCAGGACAAAGUGUUAGAUAUAGAGAAGAAGAACUAUUCAUUCCCUGAUGAGAAUAACAUUGCAAGGCUUCAGGAGGAACUCAUUGCCGUGAAGCUGCGAGAGGCUGAAGCCAUUAUGGGUCUGAAAGAACUCCGACAGCAAGUCAGAGACUUAGAAGAACACUGGCAGCGUCACUUAGCUCGAACUUCUGGAAGAUGGAAAGACCCACCCAAGAAAAAUGCGGUGAAUGAGCUACAGGAUGAACUAAUGAGCGUUCGCCUUCGAGAAGCGGAGACACAGGCAGAAAUGCGCGAGAUGAGGCAGAGGAUGAUGGAGAUGGAAACACAGAACCAGAUCAAUAGCAACCAGCUUCGGAGAGCAGAGCAGGAGGUGAGCAGUCUGCAGGAAAAGGUGCACUCCCUCUCCGAAAAGAACAAGGGGCUGCUUACCCAGCUGAGUGAGGCCAAGCGCAGGCAGGCGGAGAUUGAGUGCAAGAACAAGGAAGAAGUCAUGGCUGUGAGACUCCGGGAAGCUGAUAGCAUAGCCGCCGUGGCUGAACUGCAGCAGCACAUCGCUGAGCUGGAAAUCCAGCAAGAAGAGGGUAAGCUCCAGGGGCAGCUGAGCAGGUCGGACUCCAACCAGUACGUCAGGGAGCUGAAGGACCAGAUAGCGGAGCUGACUCAUGAGCUCAGGUGCCUGAAAGGCCAGCGGAGCUUCUCCCGCCAGCCACCUUUUGAUGGCGUCCACAUCGUCAGCCACUUACUGGGAGAUGAUGAUUCGUUCCACUCCUCGGACGAAGACUUUAUAGACAGUCCCUUACAGGAACGUGGAAUUGCUUUCCCCGUGCACGGGAAGUCUGGCCCCGUGUCCCUGAAUCCCGGCUUGGCAGACGACAGUGAGAGCGAAGCAGAAGAUGGUGUGCUGGGAAUUCAAGGGGGUGACCGAGAGGGUCCCGAGGAGCAGCCCCCACAAAGAGAGUCCUACUCAACCACCGUGUGACCGGCACUGUGGCAGCCUGAGGCCCUGAGGGCAGCAGUGUCCCGGGAGGCGAGUUGGGGUCACUCCAGUGUCCUGUGUACCUGUGUGUACGCACACUCGUGUGUUUCAGUCUCGUCUGACUGUCUUUGCCAAAUGUUCACUGAGUUUCCAUUGCCACAGGAGACUGAACUGUGCUAAUUGGUAAAUGGGGUUCUAACAGUAUUACAGAAUAUUAGUUUUUCCUAGUUAGAAAAUACUGCUAUGUCUAAAUGUGAGAACCAUUUAAAAAUUCAGGACAGUGGGAAAUUGGAUUUUCUUUACACGAAACUGUUCUUGUGCAAUAUUCUAUGCUCAUUGAACAAACUGUACAUUUGUGUUUAUCAGUUUGUUUCCGAGGGAGCCGUCUCUAGACAAAUCGACCAAAACAUUGGUGUGAUUUAACUUGUGUGCGGAGGAUAUUUGUUUCUUCACUAAAUUGCAGCUUUGUUAGUGGGCCUUUGAAGACUGUCAAGUACAAACACCUUUUUUUCCUCUGUAUAAUUCCUAAGCACAGAGUCAUUGUGUGCUCUGAAAGGUUUUUGUUUUUGUUUUAAGUUGACUGUGUGUCGCACUUGUGUGUGUCACGGAACAGAAGCAGGCACAGGCACACUGUUUGUACAUAUGUAUUAACCUCCGCCCCCAGCAUUGCGCGUCCUGUUACAUGGGUAGCAGAUGCUGACAGUGGCGGCUUUCAGCAUUCUAACAGGACUUCUGUAAAUAACACGUUAAGAGAAGACUAAGUACAAACCAGACACUACUGUUUUAGCAGCUGUAGCCACUUGCUCAGCAGUCCGCGCUAGCAGGCUCAUAACUGGGCGCUGUUCAAACACUACUGCUCAAGUCCUUCACUCAUCUUUAACUGAUAAAACUUUUUAUGCUAAUCUACUUAAUAGAAUUUAGCACUAGGAUAAGGUCCAAGAUACAAGCAAAUAAUAUCUGAAAAAAAAAUCUGUGAGAUUGUAUUUAAGUUCUCUAGUUUCUAAUCAACAGGUAAAGCCAUAAGAAACCUUUAUUCCUAGUCAUUCCCUGGUGUUUAGACUUUCUCUGGAAAGCUGAAUGCCUAUUGUUUGUGAAUUGAGAGAUGAUGCCUGUGGGAAGGCCGCAGGCCUGUGCUGGCCAGAUGCUUCCCACCCUCAUUUUUGCUAGCAGUUUAUGAAAGGAAGAGCCAUAGUGGAAAAUAGAAUUCCGUGUAUAAAAGUACAUUUUUGCACAGAAUAUUGCAUACAUAAAAAUAUUUUAUGAAAUGGAGUAGAAGAAGCAAAAGUAGUUUUCUUUCUCCAACUAUGUAACGCCUUAUGCUGCAUUGUGGGCGAGGCUUUCCCAGCAAGACUGUCCUAGCUGCUCUCUUGCCUGACAGACGACAUUGGAAAACGCCUGUGUCCAGAGCACCCACCAAACUCUAGUAUGUAAUUUACCUGUGAUCAUAAGCUAGUUAUUUAAGGUAUUCAGAGCUCUCCAGGCUCUUCAAAAGCUCUCGCUGACAUUUUCAGCUCCCUGCCCUCUGGCAGUGUUAGUUCUGUGAGUUUCUGCUGCAGAGAUAGGCGUGAGCAUUGCAGCCGAGUCUUGGUCAGGGGCCAGGGUCCUGCUCUUGGGCUUGAGGGCGCUGCCAGGGUCCGUCCCUCAGGGGGUUCUCUGUGGUUCUGUGCUGACAGUUGCGCAGUGAGGUGGGAGGCCUGUCGCCCUGUUAUUUUUUUAGCCCCUCCUCGGGAAACCUGUUUGGAAAAUAUUGUUUGGAAACCUGUUUGCCUGCUGUGCCCAAGGCCCCGUGUUCAAGCCCAGCACCAACAGCAGACAGACAGUGCGGAGCUUCCUACCAGCCCUGCUGGUUUGGAUUAGGGGUGAAGCAGCUCUGCAAAUUAAAGCUCCGUUCACUGAUGCUCUUGUGAUUUCCAGUGGAGUGCUAGCAGCAGCAGCUCUCCAAGGCCUUGGAGUCAAGUGGGGUGCAGUGGUGCAAACCUCAUUCAUUCCCUGCUACUCAGGAAGCAGAGGCAGGAAGCAUGCUUGAGGACAGGACCAGCCUGGAUGGCAUAGUAAGAUUUUUGUCUCAAAAAAAUGUUUUAUUUCACAUACCACUGAGAAAGAUGUAAAGUCUUUCUGGCCAUACUGUGCCCCAGUCUGACUCCGUUUCAUUCAAAUUAAUGUAAGAAUAUUGUGAAGACUCUGAAGCCUGGACUGUGCUGCUGGUGGAUUUCAUUUCAUCUAAUAUUUUUGUGUCUUUCGAAUGGUGCCUACUCACACACUUAGACUUGAAGGUGUGCCAGGGGCGUGAUGGAGACGGUGACAGAUGAUAGAAAGCCUUGCUCUCUGGGCAGAGCAAGCACCUUGAUAUGCUUACCACCCAGGCACUAGGCUCAGGAAGGCGCGUCGGCAGACUCCCCAGGGCCUUACACACAGCGGGCAAGCUCUCUACUGCUAAGCCACACGGCCAGUGCAUGCAUGUUCUGUGUGGAAAAGAGGCCAAAGAGAUCGUUUCAUUCAACUUUUACUCUGGUUUUUGUUGUUUGAGUUUUUUGUUUUUAUUUUGGCUAGUUGGCAGCCACUCAGCAUUUGCUGAUUGAUUGAAACGUCGUAUUUCAUCUAACUGGCCACUUACGAUGAAAGAAAAAAAGCCUUUUCCAGCCCUGAACACAAUGCAGCUUGUUAAUUUCCAGGCAGUGCCUUUGAUUGAAAAUAAUGUCUACUGCUUUUGAAGUAUGUUAUUCCUGGCGUCAUAAGAAGUCAUUUGGUUCCUCAGUCACCAUUUGCAUAAUGUAAUGUCAUAUUCACCUUUUUAAAAAUUAAGAAUAUCAAUUAUUUUGGUAAACUUCAUGGCCAGUGUGGUUAUUGCACCAAGACAUCAAAUGGCCAGCGUGUAGCCUCAGUAACUUACUAAAGCGAUGAGUUUUACCUUGAAAGUUUUUGCUGCUCUAGAUUAGCAAACAAUUUUUAAUUUCUUUUUAAUUCUGAAAUUAAUUAAAAUUAUUUCUCAUUGAAAGUAGGGUAGAUGCUAUUUAAAAUCCAACUUUUUCCAUUACAUCUAAGACUCUAUACACCUCUUCAGUCCAGAGAAGCGUUGACACAGUGAAACAUUAGACGUGAAAAUUUACAAAUGUAUUUCGUCAUACUGUUGGGUUUUUAUUGUAACACUGUAUGAUAACCUAAAAUGUUUACUUGUGCCUUUGCUUUAAAUAAUUAAAGUUUCUUGUUUUACAA